CCGGCUGCUUUUACGCAGGGUGAGGUACAGUAGUCCGCCGUCUGGCAGUAUAAUCCGCUUGCCGGGAGGAGCAGGGAAAGCCCUCUCCAGACUGAGGCAGAGAGGGAGGGAGAGGUUCAAGUCGGACAGGGACAGAGAGAGUUGACACGAGUGCUCGGUCCGGCUGCUGAUACACACUCUGAGGACCAGGCAAGCUGUUUGAAUCCCUCUGCACAUCAUGAGUGGACCGACAAAUGUUCAGUACCAGUCAGGUCUUUAUGGCGGAAACAACAACAGCAGCUCCCCUCUCUCCAGCCGUGGAAAUUCGCCCAUCGUUUGUGAGCGCUGUGGGGAAGUGUGUCGCGGGGAGGUGGUGCGCGUCAAAAACACUCAUUUCCAUGUUCACUGCUUCACCUGCCAAGUAUGUGGCUGUGAUCUGGUGCACUCGGGUUUCUUCCACCACUCAGGUGAGUACAUCUGUACAGAGGACUACCAGCGGCUCUACGGGACCCAGUGUGACAGCUGUGACCAGUACAUCACUGGGGAGGUGGUAUCUGCCUUGGGGAGGACAUACCAUCCACAUUGCUUCGUCUGCAGCAUCUGCAGGGGUCCGUUCCCAAUUGGAGACAGGGUGACCUUCUGUGGGAAGAAGUGUGUGUGUCAGCAGUGCUCACACACUCUGAAAAGCGACAAGCCCGUCAAGGUCCACGGGCCAAGCUACUGCGCAGGCUGCGGCGAGGAGAUCAAACAGGGUCAGUCUCUGCUCGCUCUGGAGAGACAGUGGCACGUCAGUUGCUUUAAAUGCAGAACGUGCGGCUGUGCGCUCACUGGAGAGUACAUCAGCAAGGAUGGGAUUCCUUACUGUGAGACUGACUACCACACUCAGUUUGGGAUCAGGUGUGACAGCUGUAACAGGUACAUCAGCGGCAGAGUACUUGAGGCUGGUGGGAAGCGCUACCACCCCAGCUGUGCCAGGUGUGCUCGCUGUCACAUGAUGUUCUUGGAAGGAGAGGAAAUGUACCUCACAGGUUCAGAGGUUUGGCACCCCAUGUGUAAAGAAGCAGCUCGGCUGGAGAGAAAACUGAGGCUGAGACGGACCUCUGAGACGGCGUCCAUUUCUCCUCCAGGCUCCUCUCCUCUCCUCGGCUCCCCUCACCGGCUCAUCUGUUCUAAAGCUGACGGUGAUUUGGACUAUAAGCAGCUGGCGGCUCUGCCCCGGGUCAAAGCCAUAUACGACAUCCAGAGGCCUGACAUCAUCCCUUAUCAGGCCGACCAUGCACACACACACCUCUCAGAUGACACUCUGGAGCGAUACAGCUGUGGACAGUCACUGGGCUCCUUAUCACCAUACUCUCAUGAUCUCUUGGACGGUGUGGAGCUUAGAACGAGGCGUUCCUCCAGCUCUGCCUUCACUGACUCUCCUGCACACAGUCGCCACGGAGGCUCCCCACUGCAUUAUUAUCUCCCCGGCAGUGAGAGUGGCAGGAGUUCACCCUAUUACAGUCAGCCAGAGCCCAGGUGUGCCACACCCACCACCACCACCACCUUCCAAGCCCCCAAGCAUUUCCAUGUGCCAGCUUCUGAGGAAACCAACAUCUACAGGAAACCCCCCAUCUAUAAAAGACAAGACAUAUCUGCCUCUCGGACAGUCAAUAAGAGUAAGACCAAUGAGAACCUUCUCAAUUCAAGUCGCCUUUCCACCUCCAACUGCAACAGCAUUUAUCACCCAGACUCAAACUACUACCCAUAUACAGGCUCUCCUAAAGUCUCUAGGGUGAGGAGGUUUUCAUCCGGAGGAGAGGAGGAUGGAUGGAAUCACAAUAUAAACAAGGGAAUUGGCAGGAUGAUCCUGAAGGAGGAGAUGAAGGCGCGGUCAGGUUGUCACGACAAUGACCAGUGGGGGAGCAGACGCAGUUCCCGCUGUAGCAGCAAGGAGGCGCUAAACAAUCUGGGAUACAGCUCUCUCAAUGGCUCUCCCAGGUCCGUCUACAGCGCAGACAGCGACUCAUACAUUGCCAAAUCGUCCUCGUUGCCAGGCUACGGCAGAAAUGGACUUAACAGGCCUGGGAGUGCGAGCGCAGAUUAUUACCAGUAUGACAGCAGCAAUGCAGUUAAUUGGCAGAUCAGAGAGUACAAGAUCUACCCAUAUGAAGCCCUAAUAGUAUCAGUCAGAGGACAGCAACGUCUUCCAAGUGAUGUGGACCGAGCCAGACUGGAGCGUCACCUCUCACCAGAGGAGUUCCACAGAGUCUUUGGCAUGUCCAUGUCUGCCUUUGAUCGUCUCGCUCAGUGGAAGAAGAACGAACUGAAGAAACAGGUCCGACUUUUCUGAGAAAAUGAAGCAACAACCAUCUAACCCAAUGCAGGUCCACCGCCAACAGUGUACUCUGAAACGUAGCCUCCACAGAGGCCUGCUAACCCUGACUGAUUCUGUAUCUCAGUGGAAGAGGAACUGGCAGGAAUGAAACUCUUUCCUCCUGUUAGGUGGCAAAGCAGAGUUGUUGGCCUCCUGAUCUUGUGUGUACUUGGACUUGUUAAGCGUUAUAUAUGAAGCCAGCCAAAAAAACCUGGAAGGAGAGGAAGGAGAACUGGAAGGAGAUCAUGAAGACUUUGAGAGGCAGCAGAUGAGCCACUUCCAGAUUACAACAGACAGAAAGCUAAUCAGUUGAGGGAGUUGGCUGCUUCCCUGUCUCCUACCAGCAGAUGGCAGUGUGGUAACAAGAGCACCAGGGUGGCAGUCAGAUACAUGACCAGGAUAGGUGGACUGUAAGCUGAUGUACUGAGGGUCAGCCACACUGUGCCAAACUUGAAUUCAUACUGAAAAUUAAGAGACAGUUUGGGAAGUAAAUUGGCUGCCUGGAAGACAGACUGGCAUAUUGUUGGAGGUAAAAUGGAUCCAGUUUGAAUCACACAGACACUAUCAUCAUCUGAAACUUAUAAACUGAUGAGAAUAGUGUGACUCUCAUUAACAUUAGGGUUACUAAACAUGACGCACACUUUUUUUUUUAAUAUUGUGCAAAUACUGAAACCCAAAGUUUCUUUUUAUAAUACUGGCAUGUAAUUAUUAUUUUGAUGUCAGGUUUUCUGAAGCCAUAUCAGUGUUUAGAGUUAUGACACGAGCAGACUGUACAGGUCACUGAAGUGGUUUUUGAGAUAUGAUGUGAUCGUAAGGUUUAUUGUGGAUGGACUGUGUCAUAGAAAUCAGGUUUUAGAACUACACACACUUCAAAAUAAGAUCUCUGUGUUUUGCUUUUUUUAUUUUAAGAAAUCCACAUUUUUGUCAAUUCAUACUUGCAGCUGAACUCGUGAAUCAGCUCAGAAUUUUAGCUGCUGGAUUACAAUUAAACCACACUGAGUCAUGUUCAUGUGUGUGUGAUUACAGCAGAUGACGAACGGAGGUUUUUGUGGAUGAUUAUUCAGACCCUCUGAGUAAAGAGAAAAAACAAUGCUCAAAUGAAGGAAGGAAAUAUGAAGAGGUGAGGGAAUGAAGGAUGGAGAAAAGGAGGAAGUAACAUGAAGGAAUGUGUGAUGAGGUAACAUACUGUAGAAAGAUGCAAAAAGUAAAGAAGCAGUGACAAAGAAAGUUUUACCAAGAGGCUGCAAGUGUCACAUAAGUAAAUUGUAAAGAAAGGAUUUGAGUUUGAGAUUAAUAAGGUGUGCGCUGAAACUAGUUUGAUGGGAUGAGAAGGUGUAGGAUAGUUUGAACUGAAAAGAUAAGAUAAUGCUCUUUGUUACAGGAACUGAAGGUGUGUGUGAAUAUGUGUGUGUGGGGUUAUGGAUCUUCAACGAUACAGCAAAGCACAUUUACCACAUUAGAUGUGUUUAACUUAUUCUUUAUUUAUCGGAGUACCAUUUUUAAUUUGCAAAGCCUUGUCUGUCAAUACAACUUUGGAAUAAAUGAUUCAAGUCAAUCAUCA